CCUGGGGGCGGCCGAGCCCGUUCUGUCUCGGCGCGGGCCGCGGAAGGACCGGAAGCUCGGGCGCCUGCCAGGCCCUGCAGGUGGCCGGGUCGCAGGCCGGCCGCGGCGGCGGAGCGGUAACACGCCGGCGACAGCAGCUGGUCGGUUUCUCGAGGCUGGGGCUCCCCGUGGCCGAAGGGGCCGGGUUUCGGGCAGCCGAGGCCUCCAGGAGGCGCGUCUCGGGCCGGGGUCCGUGAGGAGUAGCGGAUAUGGCUCGUGGACAGCAGAAGAUUCAGUCUCAGCAGAAAAAUGCCAAAAAGCAAGCUGGACAAAAGAAGAAACAAGGACAUGACCAAAAGGCUGCUGCCAAAGCUGCCUUAAUAUAUACCUGCACUGUCUGUAGGACACAAAUGCCAGACCCUAAGACCUUCAAGCAGCACUUUGAGAGCAAGCAUCCUAAGACUCCACUUCCUCCAGAAUUAGCUGAUGUUCAGGCAUAAAGUUGUUUACAGGUGAAUUCGUGACACCUUUGACUCUUCUCCUGUCUCAGACCUUAGGUAACAAACCUGCAGCUGCUUUUCUAACAAACUGUUGAUCAGCAAAAAUAAAGGGGCUACAGAAACACUCAUUUUUAUGCUGUUCCCUUUUGGGCUUCAUGCAAAGACAAUUCUGUGUAAAUGUACAGUUGACUCUGAUUUGGAAAUCUGAAAAUCAGUCCAUCCUUGUUAUAAAAAAUUUUUUUACAAUUGUAAUUAUAUUGAUGUUCAUAUUGUAUAAAAUAACUCAUUUAAUAAAGUAGUACUUUGAUUUUACAACAUC